CCUCCAAGUCUCCUACUCCCUUCCUACCCCGACCCGUCCACCCGGCCGUGGUCCCGCCCCUCUCGGAGUGCCCCGCGGAGACACCGAGGCUAGAAGCUAAGCAGUUGGUCGCCAGGAACCCGUCGACUCACACGCGUAUCAUCGGCGACAAGGAAGAGACCCGCCGUGUGUAUCUGACGCCCCUGCCCACGACCAGCUCCCCCAGCCAUGCCGCGCUACGCCUACCAGAAGCCCGUGAACAGGCAGUAUGCUUACAACACCCGCUACAUGAACAACUAUUACAAACCGCUCACUGACUACAUUGAGAAGAAGAAGGAGACGCAGGUGACGGAGAAGGUGAAGAGGGCGCCAAGUGAGCAGCCCGGCCACCAGUCCUUGGCUGAGCGGCUGAAAACCUACUCGAUGGACGGCACCAUCUACCGCUCUGCCCGGGCAUCCAGCCUCCCACCAUCCCGUAGCCUCUUGUUUGACGAUGAUGGAGACUUGCUCCCCGUGAGAUACAGGAAGGCCAUUAAGUCGAGGGUGAUGUUCGAGGACGAGUCUUCAUCUUCAGAAGGAAUAACGAGGGCCCGACCCAUGUCCAGUUACGAGGCGGCGGACGCGGCGGUGCUACGUGUUGAUGACGAGCCCAGGCGUGUCCCGCUGUGGAUGAAGCACCCCUAUCGCCUCCCAGUUGAGGACAUCCGCGUUCCCCCCCAUGAGAGCUCCAUCUGGCCCGAGAGUGUCCCCACUUCAACCUGGUGUCCUCUUACGAUGUGAUGGUCGGCUACCUGGGCCUCAAACACCCACAGCGCUAAGGGCCAUCUUCUGAAACACUUCUUCGUCACACCUCCACUAUUUCAAAAGGCUCUAGUUGAAGCUACACGGGUUUUUAAGGGUGUUUUUACGUUUUUAGUGACAGAUCAACAAGGUUUGUGUAUUAUUAAAAGUAGAAACAGUCUUGAGAAUUCGGCUAAUCAUCACUGUGGUCUUGGAGAAUAGUCGUGGUGAGAGAACAAAGCGUUUCUGAAUACGGGCCCAAGCCUGACGCCUGGCCAUGCACGUGUCACGCUCAGCGCCUCGCAACACCCUGCAGGAGGUCCGCUCUGCUCAGUCACACCAUGAGAUCCCUUUGCACGAGACCUGUAUUGUGAUCCUUGGAAAUUGGAUGAUGAAGGAGACCCUGUAGAUCUGAAGUCCCUCUCUCUCUCUUCAUCUAUUUGUGUAUUUUUCCUCUCUUAGUCUCUCAUAAGAUCAGGAAGCGACGUUCAUCUCUCAUUAACUCCUGUUGCUUCCCUAAGAGCCACGCACCACCAGAUGGCUCUACGUCUCACCACUGUUGUAUGAACUCUCGUCUCUCUCUCUCACGGAAGAAUUGUUGUGAUAUGUUUUACAGAUGAUCUUAUUUUAUAGGUGUUGCAUAAUAUGAUUUUUGGGGUAUUUAUUAAAAGGUUUGAAGCUCCGUUGGUUGUGUUUGGUUUCAAGAGUCAGCCAGCGUGCUUGGCGUCUCGUUGUUACCGCACUAACGCUCGUGUCAGCUUCGUCUAAAUAAAUGUGAUACGCUUU